GCCCCACCUCCAUGUUCCAAGAAUAGAUCGGCUAGAAAGAAGUUUACUGCUCACAGUUGAAGGAAACUUUUUUUAAUCUACUGAAUCUGUUCCAGAACAAACAGGGAUUCAGAAGCUGAAGAAGCAGCCUUGCAGUGUACUGCACUGUUUUUUGUACCAUGCUGUUUUUGCUGGCAUGUGGUCCUAAAUCUUUGCUCCCAGCUGUUUUGCUGUUAAUGCUGUCAAAGGGCACGUGACUGGGAAAACCGGAGCAGUUACAAGAAGACGAGCUGGUGGUACAUGGACCAGACUGACUGUUCUGUCCUCUAUUUUUCUAUUACAGUGGCUGUUUGGAAUUCUUGGUGGGGGGGCUUGUCUUCCUUUAUUUGGAGGAUUUACAAUGCCAUUCUGCAUAUGUGAUUGGAGCAGUGGUUGUGUGAGAGGUGCAUAUCAUCUUUAGACCUUUUAGAGUUUAACAAUCCAAAACAUAUGGCACCGAAAGUUUUAAAAAUGGGCUAAACUUAGAUCCAAACAACACUGUUAGUGAGAUGAAUCCUCUCAGGCAAUGUUUUAUGAUACUCUUUGAGUGGAUAAGCUUUUGGCUGAAAUGUGUUCUUACAAGAGUUUGGGGAGCUCUUCCAAUAGUCAACAACUGGAUAGCAUCCCAAGGUAUCACAGACAGAGAAUCAUGCAAAGCAGACUCAGAGGAAUGGAAGACCAAUGAAGCACUCCGCACAUAUCACCUUGGAGAUGGAGAUGAAACCAUGGUUACAGUCCAAACCAGCACACAUGCAUUCCAUGUGGACCUUGGGAGACUCUCAGAGUGCAGCGAGUACUUCAGAGCCUUGUCCCAGUCACGGAUGAGAGAGACCUCAGAGAGCCUCAUCCAGCUGGACCAUGUGUCCUCCUCCAUCUUAUACAAUCUCCUUGAGUUCUCCUUCAAUAAUAAGUUUAAAGUGUCUCGGGAGGAGUUGGACACACACAUCCAGGUCAGCAGUUAUCUCCUGGCUGAGGCCUUCCUCUCAAAGUGCCUCGCAGUCCUGGAAGAUGAACUCAGCCCAGGUAACUGUUUGUCCUACCUGAGUCUGGCUCAGGAAAUCUGCUGUGUGGAGCUGAAGGUGACAGUGUUCAACUACCUGAGUAGAAACCUGUUGGAGAUGCCUCACCUCAUCAAGUGCCUGGAUGAUGAAGAGAAGGAUGAAGUUGUCCACCUGAGGCUACAAGGAGACCAACAUCUCUGCAGCCUUAGAAAAGAAAACCUGACUUCAUGGAACGACCCAGAAACAGAACGUGCACGAACUAUCUUUACCCUGAAAGGGUCAGAGGACAGCGGAGAUUGGUAUCCGGUUACAGAGCUUCCUUUUAGGGCUGAUAAGUGGUGUUUCACUACAGUGGUCCUGUAUAACUAUCUGUACAUAAUAGGAGGCUACCGGCACUGUGUGAAAAGACGCUGGGAGUUUAAGAUGGCUUCCUUCAGGUAUAAUCCUUUUACUCAUAACUGGGUCGCCACAGCUCCUCUGAUUAAGCACAGAAGGCACUUCAGUGCAGUGGCCUGUGAAGGCUGUAUUUAUGCUGUGGGGGGCUGGUACUUGGACUCACUGGUGACUCCGGACUCAAGCACAGCUCUCUAUACAGCUGUAGAGCGCUAUGAUCCAUGGGAUGACACAUGGAGGUUUGUCUCCUCACUGCCGCUCACUGACUUCCAGUUUACCAUGUCUUUGGGCCAUGACGUGCCUCUUGCCACUAGCCUUGGACACUGUCUCUAUGUGUUAGGGAGCAUCGAGAGGACUGGAGAGAAACUCCUGCUGCAGUACAACACAAAGCAAGACUCCUGGUCUGAAUUGCUUCCCACUCUUACCAGAGCGGAUGCAGACCUCCCUGCUCUUUACUUCCUGGGUGCCUCCGACAGGCUCCUUGUGAUUGGUGGGAAUAACUCAGAGAAUGUGGUGAUAUCAUUCUGCUUGCAGUCCCAGAGAUGGGGACAGGUGAACAGGGCUGAGAAAGUGGCAUUUGCAGGACAGGGGACAAUUGCAAGUGGCCAGUUCCUGAUGCCAAGCAUAGAGCACAACACUGUUGGAAUUAUGGAUCUUCAAACUCUCUCCCUCAGAACUCUUCCACCUCUACCCAUCUUCACUCGCUAUGAAGCUAUCUUUUAUCUUCACUUUUAAUGUUGUAGUUAGCUUCUUUGCUAUACUGUAUAGUCUUUCUCAAGCAUAAGACGAUAAACUCCCUAGGUGGAUUAGCAAUGGUGGAUUAUCUCUAUCUCUUGUGUUUAAAAUCCUCAAUCCUUUAGUUUAAAGUUUGUUUCUAAAACCAGACUACAAUUAGACUUAAACCUAAAGCUCUGUAAAAAUCCAUACAUUCAUUUAGUGGAAUCAACUAAUCUUUUCUCAUUAACUUGACCUAAAUAUACAAGUUUUUUUUACUUCAAGUUAAUUAAACUUAGAAGUCUUUUGACUUGAAAUGAUGAGGUGAAUCAGUUGGGAAUUGUGAUUAUUAUUCAUUACCAAUCAGAAACAAGUUUGCAUUUGCACCGUAGUUUGCAGUGAUGCAUUUAUUGAUCAAACAGUUAGAAAUUAACAAAACUGUAACUCAACCAAUUAAUAAAAUAAUAAUGAACACUGA